GUUUCCUCUGUGCUAUGGCUACUGGAAAAAAUACGCGGACCAUGAGAACCGGCUGGCAACGCCCGAGAAGACCAUCGAGGUUUACGAGAGGGCUGUGAAAGCCGUGACGCACUCAGUCGACAUAUGGGUGCACUACUGCUCCUUUGUUUCGGCGGCCAAGCCCGAAGAUCCAGAAGCGCUGAGGAGCUUUCAUCCUACUUUAAAUGUUUUUCUCCAGAGGGAAGGUUGGCGAAACGGUUUGAGCAUGGUUUUCCUUUUUUAGUUCGUCCUCGCAUUCAGUCUUUUCGUUUUUCUCAUGUUCUUAGUGGGCUGGUUGCUUUUCUCUUUGCUUCUUGGCAACAUACCUUCAAACUGGUGCCGUCGGCAAUCGCGGUGAACACCACUGGUGUUGUAGGAAGGUUGUUUGAGCGUGGACUCUCGCACGUCGGCACCGACUACCUGGCGCAUCAGCUUUGGGACAAGUACAUUGAUUUUGAGUAUUCUCAUUCGAACUGGGUAGGCAUCACUCAGUUGUAUACACGGAUUUUACAGAUAGCCCUUCAAGCUUUGGAUCGCUACUUCUCACACUUCAAGGAGUUAGCCAACAAUCGACCCAUAGCGGAACUGAAAGGUCCUGAAGAUAGCGCAGAAGCCGAUAAUACUGUUCCCGAGCAAAUAGAUAAAGCAGGAGCUGAUGAAACUGCAGAAGCCCCAAAGGAUCCAGAAGUUGAAAGGUUUAUUAGAAGAAGAGAGGAGCUAUAUAAAUCGACGAAGGAGUGGGAUGCAAAAAUUCGAGAGUAUGAAACCGCUAUAAGAAGGCCGUAUUUUCAUGUCAAGCCUCUAGAUGACUUGCAACUACUCAACUGGCAUCGCUAUUUGGAUUUUCUGGAAAAAGAAGGUGACUUUGACAAGAUAGUGAAGGCAUACGAGAGAUGUGUGAUCGCCUGUGCAAAUUAUCCGGAGUAUUGGAUUCGCUAUAUUCAUACAAUGGAAGCAAAAUCUCGAUCUGAGAUAGCUGAUGAUGCUUUGGAUCGCGCACUACACAUUUUUGUCAAGAGACGACCCGAGAUACAUAUCUACGCUGCUAGAUUUAAAGAACGCAGGGGAGAUGCUGCAGGCGCUCGAAAAGAGUAUAGCGUUCUCAGCUCUGAAAUAGCUCCCGGGCUUCUUGAGGUUAUUUCUAAGCACGCAAAUUUUGAGAAAAGACAGGGGAAUAUUGACGGCGCUUGUGCCAUCUAUGAAUCUGCUUUGGAAGUGGAAAAAGCGAAGGAGGAAUCGAGAGUUUUGUCUUUCUUGUAUAUUCAAUAUAUCCGGUUCCUUUCUGAGGCCGGACUCUCAGAUAAAUCGAAGGAGAUCUUGGCCCUUGCAUUGGAGAAACUACCGAACUCCAAAGUUAUCUUGGAGGCUGCGAUCCAUUUUGAGACACUCUCUCCCGAGAAGGACAUACCAAAACUCGAGGCUAUCAUUGAACGUGCUAUACUCAGCAGCGGCUCGGACGCUGCUUUGCAAUCAUCUGAUCGUGAGGAGAUAUCGAGUUUAUUUCUUGAGUUUCUGGAUUCUUAUGGGACUGUAGAAGACUGUAAGAGGGCUGAGCUGCGGCAUCGACAGGCAUUCUUGUACUCGAGGUCCAGCGAUUCCAAGAAGCGCUCGUCACUGGACAGCGCCGUCUCUGAUCGGAGCAAGCUCGUCAAGACCGGUUCCAACGCCGUCGCUGGUUAUACCAAUGGACAAGCGCAGUGGAGCUACCAAAACUGGCAGCAACCUCAACAACAAUGGAGCCAAGCAUACCCGGCUACGGACUAUAACUAUAGCAGCUAUCCCCAGCAGCCGCAAACGGCACAAAGCUACGCUGGGUACCCUCAAGCUUAUCAGCAACAAGAUGGAAAUUGGACUGCUUCAGCGUGGUAAUAGAGAACUACUUAGGAGUGGGAAGACGAUCUUAUUUUUCUCUCUUUUGGAGGACCCUUGAAAGCACGUAAAAUGUAACGAAAACGUUUUGAGGUUAGCUUCAUAUAUAUUAAGUGCUUACUAUCGUUUGAAUCGAGAA